ACGAAUUUUUUUCCUUGGUUAACAAUAAUUGUAAUUUUGCCAAUAUUCGCAGGCUCCAUAAUUUUAUUUCUUCCCCAUAGAGGAAAUAGAGUAAUUAGGUGGUAUACUAUAUGUAUAUGUAUUCUAGAACUCCUUCUAACGACCUAUGCAUUCUGUUAUCACUUUCAAUUGGAUGAUCCAUUAAUCCAAUUAGUCGAGGACUUUAAAUGGAUCGAUUUUUUUGAUUUCCAUUGGAGAUUAGGAAUAGAUGGACUUUCUAUAGGACCCAUAUUACUAACGGGAUUCAUCACUACUUUAGCUACCUUAGCGGCUUGGCCAGUUACUCGAGAUUCUCGAUUAUUUCAUUUUCUAAUGUUAGCAAUGUACAGCGGUCAAAUAGGAUUAUUUGCUUCUCGAGACCUUUUACUGUUUUUCAUCAUGUGGGAGUUAGAAUUAAUUCCGGUUUAUCUACUUUUAUCCAUGUGGGGGGGAAAGAAACGUCUUUACUCGGCUACAAAAUUUAUUUUAUAUACAGCGGGGGGUUCCGUUUUUCUCUUAAUGGGAGUUUUGGGUGUCGGUUUAUAUGGUUCUACUGAGCCGACAUUAAACUUUGCAACAUUAGUUAAUCAGUCAUAUCCUGUGGCGUUGGAAAUAAUAUUAUAUAUUGGAUUUUUUAUUGCUUUUGCUGUCAAAUCGCCGAUUAUACCUCUACAUACAUGGUUACCAGAUACCCAUGGAGAAGCACAUUACAGUACUUGUAUGCUUUUAGCCGGAAUCUUAUUAAAAAUGGGAGCGUAUGGGUUGAUUCGGAUUAAUAUGGAAUUAUUAUCCCACGCCCAUUCUAUAUUUUCUCCGUGGUUGGUGAUAGUAGGCACAAUACAAAUAAUAUAUGCAGCUUCAACAUCUCUUGGCCAACGUAAUUUAAAAAAAAGAAUAGCCUAUUCCUCUGUAUCUCAUAUGGGUUUCAUACUUAUAGGAAUUGGUUCUAUAAACGAUACGGGACUCAAUGGAGCCAUUUUACAAAUAGUCUCUCAUGGAUUUAUUGGUGCUGCGCUUUUUUUCUUGGCAGGAACGAGUUAUGAUAGAAUACGUCUUGUUUAUCUCGACGAAAUGGGUGGAAUAGCUAUCCCAAUGCCAAAAAUAUUCACGAUGUUCAGCAGCUUUUCAAUGGCUUCUCUUGCAUUACCGGGCAUGAGUGGUUUUGUUGCAGAAUUUAUAGUUUUUUUUGGAAUCAUUACCAGCCAAAAAUAUCUUUUAAUAUCAAAACUAGGAAUUACUUUUGUAAUGGCAAUUGGAAUUAUAUUAACUCCUAUUUAUUCAUUAUCUAUGUUACGCCAGAUGUUCUAUGGAUACAAGCUAUUUAAUGCUCCAAACUCAUAUGUUUUUGAUUCUGGACCACGAGAGUUAUUUGUUUCGAUCGCUAUCUUUAUACCCGUAAUAGGUAUUGGUAUGUACCCUGAUUUUGUUCUUUCCCUAUCAGUUGACAAGGUCGAGGUUCUUUUAUCUAAUUUUGUUUAUAGAUAG